AUGAUGGAUAUCGACGAGGAUGAACUCUUGCGUACCGCCGCGAAUGGUGGAUCAGUUGACUAUUCUAUCUGGCCAGCUUUAUUACCGCGAAUAGUCUCACGUAUCGAACGGAUCACUCGCAAUGAAUUCCCUAUACCUAGGCUGCCACCGCCGCCCACCAUAAUCCCUUCUUCCAUACCACCGACUCAACCCGACUCGGAGUCCGCUGAAAACUUCCUAUCACCAUUACCUUCGUCGCCCAUAGAACCCUCGAGCUCCUCUUCCUCCCAAGAUACCAACAAAGAGAACACUCCUAUCGCGCCGAGGAUGAAUCCACCACCGACCUCAACUCCCACACCCGCAGUUGCUCUCCCACCCGGCACGCUACCACCUCAAAUCACAUCAAUGCUCAACGAGAUAACUUCCACACUAACAACCAUAUUCCCCAAAUACCCACCGCACACUUUACAACGCUUAUCAGAGCUCGUCAUAGCACCAAAGCACCAUUACCGCACAUUACCAACCUACCUCCACGCCCUAGACCGCGUCGUCCACGUAACAUCCGGUCUAAACACCUACCCCCUCCCCCCGGCGGUCCCAGACAUGAAAUCCGCCUCUCUCCUCUCCAACGGAGUCAGCGACGCCCUAGCCGCUCCCUCCCCCUUCGCCAGCCCCGGCAGCGACGAAGCCCUUGGUGGCGCCCUCCUAACACCAAUCCCCUGGCUCCAACCAAACCACCACGGGAUGUCCUCGCACUCGCCCUCCCUAGGCACACCCGGUCGACGGAGUCCAAACCGAAGCAACAGCCCCAACAAUAACAACAACGGGGUAAGCAGUAGUAUCCUAGGCACCAACAAUAACAGCGGAGGAGAUCUCGAGGGCGAAGUACGCACCGAAAGCACCGAAACAAUCGACGGACCCAACGGCGUCGGUAGCAUCGAAACGGUUUCCGUCUCCGUGAACGGGAUCCCGUCGAUGGGCGCGAGAGGCGUGGGUGUUACGCAGGGAGAGCUUCUUAGGCAGGAGCAACGCGCGGGCGUGGUACCAGUUUCCCAGCUUGUGCCUAGUCAUCAUGUACAUAGCGGAGGCGCGCAUGCGCAGGCUCAUCGGCGUGCUUCGGCGUCGCCUAGUCCGGAACCCGGUCAGGGACCAUCUGGUGAGGAGACGAAGGAGCGGAGUCCUCCUGCGGCUGCGGAGGGUGGUGAGGCUGAGGCUGGUGUUGCUACGGCUACGACGACGGUUGAUGCUGAUGCCCCUGUGGGAUCGGUUACGGGUGCUGAUGAGGAGAAACCGCAUGCGCGGGGGCCGGAGGAGAUCGGACCUGAGGAUAUGGGACCGCAGCAUGGGAGUGGAAGUAACACGGGGAGUGUUGGCGGACCCGGCGGUUUUGAGAUGCAAGGUAUCGACGUCGAAGCCGCGGUUGGCCGAAAAGCGUCUUCGGGUCAUGGCGGUAGUGGAAGUCCGCCUAAGACGAACUCUCCGCCCCUCGGUGAUAAGAUGGACGUUGAGACUGAAGGUAAUGGUAGUGAAAGUGAUGCUGGCGCGCGAACACCGAAACACGAAGCUGAGGAUGAAUUGGAGGGGGGUGAGAGUAAGAAGUUAAAGGAAAAUACAGAGGGUGAAGAAAAGGGAAAUGAGGCAGCUAUGGACACGUCUGUCGAUGAAAAUAAAGAAGGCGGAAGUGAUCAGAGAGGCGACUAG